AUGGGGUGUGAUGGACAGGCUCCGUGUACCAGAUGUCAGCAAAGGAGGAUUCCGUGUAUUCAGCAGCUUCCGAAGGCCGCGAGGCGUCGACAACAAGCAGAACAGCCAGCGGAACAGCCAGCAGACCAGCCAGCAGCAGCGCCUUCGGAUGCUCAACCUCAGCUACAACUUCAAUCACCAUCCCUACCCCAAGCGCCAUAUCAGCCCCAACCUCAACAAACAGCAACUUACAAGACCGUGGUGCCCGACCACAUGAAGACCGUCCUCACUGUUGCCAGCUCCAGCGAGCAGAACACCAGCCUCACCACGCGGGACGUCGAGCUCUUACUCAAAGCGUAUCGAUGCAUGAGACAGGAGAUCUCCGUCGAUUAUGCAGAGCUUGCUAGACUAGCUCACCUCAAAGAUUCAGAUUCAGCCAAAGCUUCUUGGCAUAACCUGAAGAAGAAGAUUGAUGGUGUUGGUAAACGUGCUGUGGUAGUCAAGGCGGUCACCGCUAGAAGGAGUGUGGCUCAGCUUCCACAGCAAGGAUCAGAGGUGUCGCAAGCGGCUGCGCCGUCGAUGCCAGAAGCUCAGCCGGGCCAGGAGGCAGUGCCGGAGGUGGAUAUGGUUGGGAAUGCAGCAUGA